CGUCCGUACCGAUAACCACCCACCAUACAUAAGGUCGAAGGAAAGUCAUAGCUUUCUCGGCAACUAAAAAAAAAGGAAACGAAAAAGAAAAGACCAAAAAAUCAAUUAAGCCCUCUACGGGGGUUUUUCCUUCCUUCCUUCCUCCCCCUCCCCUCCUCCAGCCAUGUAUUCCUCGAAUCGCCUCCUCCACCACCUUGCCGGCGUCAAUGCGCUCUUGGAUGACGGAAGCGGCUCGGCUCCGCCGUCGGCAGCGCCGCCAAUACUCCCAUCAUUGUCCCUUCCCGCAGCAGCGCAAUUCCAAAUCCGCCCAAUCCUGACACCUCCAUUUUCCGACGGAGGAGGGGGAGGAGCGGCGACACUUGCUUUCCCGACCACACCGCCGACCACUCAUGACUCGGACCUCGACCCGCGAGCGGCAAAGAUCCUGUCGACGGCCACCCACGUCCUGUCGACCGAGGCCACCGCGCUGUCGUGUCUCUCGCGGCUGUACGCAACGGAUCCGUUGUGCCGCGAGGGCUUCGUGCGGGCGGUCGAGGCCAUCGUCGAGUCGCAGGAGAAGGGCGGUAAGAUCAUUGUGAUCGGGGUGGGCAAGAGCGGCAAGAUUGGCGACAAGUUGGUUGCGUCGAUGAAUUCGUUGGGGCUCAUGAGUAUAUUUCUGAACCCUGUUGAGGCUCUUCACGGGGAUCUCGGCAUUGUUAGACGAAAUGAUGUACUCCUUCUGAUCACCUUCUCUGGGAAGACGCCUGAGCUGCUGAACCUGCUGCCGCACCUGCCCGCGGAGCUCCCCCUCAUUGCGUUAACUUCCCACACGUCCUACCACACCUUGCCCCUCGUCGGGGAUCGCGAUAAUACCAUCCUACUCCCCACCCCAAUCCCCGAGUCCGAAGUAGCCAGUUUCGGAAUCGCUGCCCCAACCACUUCCACAACAGUCACGAUGGCCUUGGGAGACGCUUUGGCGCUCGCAUCGGCCGACCGACUGCACAGCUGCACCGGGGAGGGGGAAUCAGGGAGCGGCCCGCGCGAGGUCUUCCGGAGAAAUCACCCGGGUGGUGCCAUUGGCAUUGCCAACAACCUUAUGAAGGACAAGGGAGGUGUCGAACGAAUACGGGCGCUUGCCGUUUGCUGGGCGGACAUACCGAUUGCCGACGAGCAAGGAAUCAUAACCGGCAAUUCUGCAACCACCGGCCAACCACCACCCUCACCGGUAAUAUCCGAGACGUCUUCGGAAACCGAGAUUGAUCUCGUGGACUGGGACUGCAGCAGCGGAGCGGAUGUGGGAGUAGUUGCAGGAAACCCUGGCAACAACAACAGCAAUAACGACAGCAACAAAACCGCAAACAACCGCAAACGCAGCAGUAGCAGCAGCAUCGGCAAUAGAGGUUGCGCUGCCCGCGGAGCUCCACAUUACCCCUGCGGUUUGCGGGUGCUCGAUUGCCUGCUCAUCGCCGUCAAAAGUCCCAAGGGUUGGCUACGAACCACUGACGGGGGCUUGAUCCCGCCCAAGAAACUCAUGGCCGCCUCCCACCACCACCUCUACGCUGAGGUGAACACGCCCGAGCUCGGUCUGGUGGUGGAUGUGAACGACCUGAUCAAGGUGCCGGCCGAGUCUUCCAUGAAGGAGGUAGCGAGGGUCCUGUACUCGAGGAGAUCACUUGGGGAGCUUACCGACGACACGGCGAUCGUUAUCAUCGAGAACGGCAAGGCCCAUGGCGUCCUCGAAGUGGGGGAUGUGAUCCGGCAUGGUGGCCUUUGAUUCAUUUUUGCCUUAUUUUGGGGGGUUUCGAGCCCUGUGUGUUUAUCUCCUUUGGGUUGGUGUCAGCUACACUUUAAUAUUGCUCCCUUUCUCUCUGUUUACUUCUGUUUGGGUAAUGGUUUCUGGCGUG